AAUACCGCGUUGGAGGUGGUAAUUUUAAGCACUGCUGGCUAACAGGAGCUAGCGGGUAACAGUUACACUGAGAUAUAACUUCACAAAUCCCACAUUAUUCAUGGAUUUAAUGAGCGGAUAACUUUCAAGAUUUGAGGAAUUUACUCUACAACUAGAAGUUCAACUCCUAACAUAAGCAGCUUCCUGUCUGAACACACAUGGCCUGGAGUGCGUUUAUAGCCAUGGAGAGUUUGACGCACACCAAUCCGCCAUGUCCUGAUCCGCUCAAACCGGCCUGUGGCGCCGCCCUGCAGGUUCACCUGUACUACUGCAACCAGAGCACAGGCACCUCGACUCUCACUUACCCGCCUGGGGAUUAUAUCGCGGAGGAGCUGUGCAUCAAGGCUGCCAAAGAGUGCGGCGUCAGCCCUGUUUACCUCAGUCUGUUCAGCCUGAUGAGAGAGAGCGAUCGCAUGUGGUAUCCGCCCAAUCACAUCUUCAAAGUGGACGAGUCCACCAGUGAGAAGCUCCUGUUCAGAAUCAGGUUUUAUUUCCCCGGCUGGUACGGGAGAACAUCAAGCCACACCCAUCGCUACGGCGUCACCAAGAACUCUGAGGCUCCCGUCUUCGACGACGUGACCACGGCAUACCUGUUCGCCCAGUGGAGGAGUGAUUUUGUGGACGGCUCGGUGAGUAUUCCCGUUACCCAUGAUGUUCAGGAGGAAUGUCUCGGCCUGGCCGUGCUGGACAUGAUGAGGAUCGCUAAAGAGAAAGGCCGCUUGCCCAUUGAAAUUUACCAUGACAACAGCUAUAAGAGUUUCCUACCCAAAGCCGUCCGCGCUCACAUCCAGCAGUACCACAUCGUGACGAGGAAGCGGAUCCGUUAUCGGUUCCGUCGGUUUGUGGCGCGGCUGCGGUGCUGCAGAGCACCCGUCACCGAGCUCGUGCUGAAGUACCUGGCCAGUUUAGAGGUUCUGCAGCCCGGCUUCUACACCGAACGCUUCCUCGUCUCACAGCCCAUCGUCGGCAAGGUAACCAUCGUCGUCACCGGCAACCACGGCAUCCAGUGGACCAGGGGGAAAGACGCUGGAGACAGACAGGAUCUGCAGGUGUACUGUGAUUUCCCUGAUGUUAUUGAUAUCAGCAUUAAGCAGGCGAGCAAAGACGGUUCUGUCGAGAGUCGCAUCGUCACCAUCAACAAACAGGACGGCCAGACGCUGGAGUUGGAGUUCUCGUCUCUGUCCGAGGCGUUGUCCUUCGUCUCCCUGAUUGACGGCUAUUACAGACUCACCACAGAUGCUCAUCAUUACCUGUGUAAAGAGGUGGCGCCCCCUAGACUGCUGGAGGCCAUUCAAUGUAACUGCCACGGCCCCGUCUCGAUGGAGUUUGCCGUUAGCCGUCUCCGUCGCUGUGAGAACACUAAAGGCAUGUACAUCCUGCGUUGCAGCCCUAAAGACUACGACAGGUACUUCCUGUCCUUCGUGGUCGGGUACGAUGGCAUGUUUGAGUAUAAACACUGUCAGAUCGUACGCACUGCAGCAGGUGAGUUUGUGCUGAGUGGAGCAAAGUGUGUGUUCAGCAGUCUGAGUGAGCUUCUGCACCGCUACCAGAAGGAGGCGCUGCGCUCUGAGGGUCACAUCUUCCAGUUCACCAAGUGCUGCCCUCCUAGAAACAAAGAUAAGUCGAACUUGUUAAUCUGCAGGAGUGAUCAGAUCUCAGAUGUUCCAUUCUCUCCAUCACCCCUCAAACACACUCAGAUGGUCUUCCAUAAAAUCCACAGAGAAGACCUGCAAAUGAUGGAAAGUUUGGGGCAGGGGACGUUCACGCAGGUGUUCCGCGGAGUCAGGAGGGAGUUGGGCGAUUACGAGGAGGUGCAUGAGAUGGAUGUGGUGAUGAAGGUGCUGGAUAAGAGCCAUCGCAAUUACACUGAGUCCUUCUUUGAAGCAGCCAGUAUGAUGAGUCAGAUUUCCCAUAAGCACUUGCUGGUGAAUUACGGGAUCUGUGUGUGCACAGAGGAGCACAUCAUGGUGCAGGAGUUUGUGCGCUUCGGCUCGUUGGACACGUACCUGAAAAGGAACCGUAACUCCAUCAACAUCACCUGGAAGCUGGAGGUGGCCAAGCAGCUGGCCUGGGCCAUGCAUUACCUGGAGGAUAAGGGCCUGAUCCAUGGGAAUGUGUGUGCUAAAAACAUUCUGCUCGCUAGAGAGGAAGACAGACGGACACACACUCCACCCUUCAUCAAACUGAGUGACCCGGGAAUCAGCUUCUCAGUUCAGCCCAGAGAGAUUCUGAUUGAGCACAUCCCCUGGGUUCCCCCCGAGUGUGUGGAGGAUCACAGGAACCUGAGCUUAGCCACGGAUAAGUGGAGCUUUGGUACCACGCUGUGGGAGAUUUACACCGGAGGAGAGAAACCACUCAGCUCCUACGACUCCUCCAAGAAGCUGUUGUUCUAUGAGGACAGACACCAGCUCUCUGCACCCAAAUGGACAGAACUGGCCACUCUGAUUAACAACUGUAUGGAUUACGAACCGUUCCAGCGACCGUCGUUUAGAUCCAUCAUCCGAGACCUGAACAGCCUCUUCACGCCUGACUACGAGUUGUUGGUAGAGAACGAUGUUCCCCCCUUUAGGAGCCCCGGGUUCGGAUUCUCAGGAACGUUUGACAGCCAGGAGCCGACUCAGUUCGAGGCACGACACCUCAUCUUCCUGCAGCAGCUUGGAAAGGGGAACUUUGGCAGCGUGGAGAAGUGUCGUUACGACCCACUGCAGGAUAACACCGGUGAGGUCGUAGCGGUGAAGAAGCUGCAGCACUGCACCGCUGAACACCUGCGUGACUUCGAGAGAGAGAUCGAGAUCCUCAAAUCACUCCAGCAUGAGAACAUCGUCAAAUACAAAGGAGUGUGUUACACUGCAGGUCGUAAAAACCUGCGCUUGGUGAUGGAGUACCUUCCAUUUGGCAGUCUGAGGGAAUAUCUCGCUAAAAACAAAGAGCGCUUUGAUCACAAGAAACUGUUGCACUACGCUUCACAGAUCUGCAAAGGGAUGGACUAUCUGGGUUCUAAGCGUUACAUCCACAGAGACUUGGCCACGCGGAACAUUCUGGUGGAAAGUGAACUGCGUGUGAAGAUCGGAGACUUCGGCCUGACCAAAGUUCUUCCUCAGGAUAAAGACUACUACACAGUGAAGGAGCCUGGAGAGAGUCCCAUAUUCUGGUACGCUCCUGAGUCUCUGAUAGAGAGUAAGUUCUCGGUGGCGUCCGAUGUUUGGAGUUUUGGAGUCGUUCUGUAUGAACUGUUCACCUACAGUGACAAGAACUGCAGCCCUCCUGCUGUGUUUAUGGAGAGGAUGGGUGUUGAUAAACAGGGACAGAUGAUCGUUUAUCACCUGAUCAGUCUGCUUAAAGACAGCUACAGGCUUCCUGCUCCUCAGGGCUGCCCUGCUGAGGUUCACUGUGUGAUGAAGGAAUGCUGGGUGGCUGAUCCAAGUCAGAGGCCGUCGUUCAAGGCUCUCGGUCGCACCGUCGACUCCAUCAGAGAGAGUAAAUAGGGAUGAACACGCCACAUCCUCCAUCAGCAUCAGGGGCCGCCACUGAUGUAAUCUCUCUGAAGGGCGACUGAGGGAGAAACUCUAAGUAGACCUGAGUGUUAUUAGGACGCAGCCUUUAUCCAGGUCGCUCCAUUGCUCCUGUUUCAUCUCGCAUAAAUUUGCAUUGUGUCUGUUACCUUCAGCAGUUGCUAUGACAACAUGCAGGUGAGGAUUCAGUGCGUGAAAACAUUUAACUGAUGUUUAAGUGUGUAUACUUUAUACUCAGUGUGUGUGUGUGUGUGUGUGUGCGUGCGUGUUAAAGAGGUUCAUUCAUCACAAAUCAUCCGUCAUUGUUAUCAUUCAUCAGCUGGAGCUUUAAUGGCAGCUGUGAAGAAUUUUGUGAUACUUUUUUUGGGUCACAGCUUCACAUUGCUUCAUUUUAUUACACUCGAUAACAAGAAAGUGGUGCGUGUUUGUUGGUCUGGAAAAUAGAUUUCAUUUCAUUUAAACUCAUGACUCAACUCGACUCUGAUUCCAGUCCUUUUCAAAGAGUCAGUUGAUUUAACUCUGUUCACCAAUACGAAUUGACUCUUUCUGACUGUCCGUCUUAGAGAUGAAAGUUUUCUCUACGCUACCAAACAACUGAAGGAGUCGACUGGUUCAUGAAUCAUGAACUCGUAUUUGAUUCUGAGUCGUGACUCAAGAUUCCUGAACAAAGUUCUGUGUAGAAAAGAAAUUCAGGAAAAAAAAAGAUCAAAUUCUGAACACAAUUCAUAAGAUAGUGGUGCAAUUCUCCAUAUUUUUUUAAAAUAUUUAUACUCACAUUUCAAGCCUGUGAGUGUAUUCUUCAUUUCACUCGUUCAUCCUCAGCUCCAGGUUCACUGAGACAAUCAGGACAAGGAAACCUAAGCCACAUGUUUCUUCAUGGACUGAAUCUUUUUGAUAAAGCAGAGCGUGUGUACUUUUUACAUGGCUGUGUGAAUAUAAAAAUGCUAUGCGUUGUGUUGUAUUGAUAAAUUUUUUUAUACGUCCAGGAAUUGAUUCCUUUCUGUUAUAUAUAUUUUCACGUGUUCAUGUUUUGUGUUGUUUUUGAUCGGUCACUUUCAGUCCUGUCACUGUAAAGUCACAGGAUAAAUCUGUACAGUGUAUUUUGUUUGCAAAAUUUUUUUUCUCAAGAACAAAAACAUUAAAAAGGAAAUAAAUGAA